GACUUGGCCCAGGGCCUCAUUUUCAUCGACGCACUCAUUCUAUAAUAGGAUCGCGGGAGCGAGCAUCGAGCGUCGCUGGCGCUUUGAUUGAUCCGACACGAUGGACGUUUCCACUGUGCCCUGCACCCUCUGCAGGAAGCGCCGUGUCAAGUGCGACAAGCGCCUCCCCGGCUGUGAGCGAUGCGAAAAGUCGUCUCGUUCAUGCCCUGGCUACAACCAUCUCCGCCGGUUCCUCGAUGAGAGCCAGAACCUCCGCAAGAAGUUCUCGUCGGCUAGUGCAAGCCCGCAGGGUAGCAGCCUUGCCAAAUCAGUAGAGUCACGCCCCGUGGCUCAGUCGUCUUCUGCUUCAUCGCCAUUCCUUGGCUCGCUGGAUACGGCAUCGUUGCCUACGACGACCCCGGGCGAUGCAGACCGUGAUCGGGCCCGGGUCGACGCUUCAACCCCAGGCGAAGCUCGAGCUCAAGUUCAGCAUGAGACUCAACAAAGCGCUGGCCUAGAGAGGCCGCCUCCAGGCGUCCCUCCUACCCAUCAAGGGAUACCUGACCCGUCGUUUCUUACGACUCAGAAUAUCUCUGACGCAGACUUCGAGGCCAGCUUUUUCGAUAUUGAUCCCCAGAUAUACUUUGCCGACGGGAACAACUGCUGCGGUUUCAUCCCUUCUCUCUCUUUAAUAAAUGAUGCCAAUGGCCCACAGGGGCCGUCUCUGUCCUGGCUUGGCGAUGUCGAUCUGGAAGGAUUCUCUCAACCCGGAUACGGCAUGGAUGCAGAUCGAUCAGAGAAACUAGAGUCCGAAAUGUCGUCUCCGCUGCCGGACUCUUCGAAUGAGGCCGACCAAGAAACUGCCUAUCUGAUCAAAUAUUUUGCGGAACGAAUCAGCCCGUGUCUGGACGUCUUUGAUAUAGAGCGAUUCUUCGGACACAUUGUGCCCAUCAAGGCAAUAAGGAGCCCUCUUUUACAGAACGCCUUGGCUGCCAUCGCGGCUAAGCAAUUUGGGAAGACGAAGCGAGAGACCUACUCGUCGAUCCAUCAAACCCCUGGUCGAUCGAUGCUCGAGCAGUAUUCCGACACGGCUCACAUAGACUGGUUUUACAAGGCGGCGAGCUUUUACGACAAAGCAAUUGGCCACAUGAUGAGAUUGCUGCAAACACUACGAGACGGCAGUCCUUCCCCAUCACCAGGAGCUACACCGGCGUCGGUGGACAUGCCAACGAGCUUGCACUCGGCCGUGUCACCAUCGUUCAAGAGGCGCCGAGUUUCAAGCGACCAGGGCUCUCACAACGUCGUGGACGACCUUUUGGCGGCAAUAUCUGUGUUUCUUCUUUACGAGUCUCUGGACAACCGCUUUGCAGAAGUCUCCAGACCACACCGCGCAUUGACAUAG